AUGGAGAAGUAUAUUAGACUACAGAAGAUUGGAGAAGGUUCAUUUGGAAAAGCUAUUCUUGUUAAAUCUACAGAAGAUGACAGACAAUAUGUUAUCAAGGAAAUUAACAUCUCAAGAAUGUCCAAUAAAGAAAGGGAAGAGUCACGGAGAGAAGUUGCAGUGUUGGCAAACAUGAAGCAUCCAAAUAUUGUCCAGUAUAGAGAAUCAUUUGAAGAAAAUGGUUCUCUCUACAUAGUGAUGGAUUACUGUGAAGGAGGCGAUCUGUUUAAACGAAUUAAUGCUCAGAAAGGCAUUUUGUUUCAAGAGGAUCAGAUUUUGGAUUGGUUUGUGCAGAUAUGUUUGGCCUUGAAACAUGUACAUGAUCGAAAAAUUCUUCAUCGAGACAUAAAGUCGCAGAACAUAUUUUUAACCAAAGAUGGGACAAUACAACUUGGAGAUUUUGGAAUCGCUAGAGUACUUAAUAGUACUGUGGAACUGGCUCGAACUUGCAUAGGGACCCCAUACUACUUGUCACCUGAAAUCUGUGAAAACAAACCUUACAAUAAUAAAAGUGACAUUUGGGCUCUGGGGUGUGUCCUGUACGAAAUGUGCACACUUAAACAUGCAUUUGAAGCUGGCAGUAUGAAAAACCUGGUACUGAAGAUAAUAUCUGGAUCUUUUCCACCUGUGUCUUUACAUUAUUCUUAUGAUCUCCGCAAUUUACUCUCUCAGUUAUUUAAAAGAAAUCCUAGGGAUAGACCAUCAGUCAACUCCAUAUUGGAGAAAGGUUUUAUAGCCAAACGCAUUGAAAAGUUUCUCUCACCUCAGCUUAUAGCAGAAGAAUUUUGUCUAAAAACAUUUUCCAAGUUUGGAGUGCAGCCUAUACCAGCUAAAAGACCAGCUUCAGGACAAAGCUUGGCUUCUGUUGUGUCUGCUCAGAAAAUUACAAAGCCUGCCGCUAAAUACGGAGUACCUUUAACAUAUAAGAAAUUUGGAGAUAAAAAAUUACAUGAAAAGAAACCACUUCAAAAACAUAAACAGGCCCAUCAAAUUCCAGUGAAGAAAGUGAAUCCUGGAGAAGAAAGGAGGAAAAUGUUUGAGGAAGCAGCAAGAAAGAGAAGGUUGGAAUUUAUUGAAAAAGAAAAGAAACAAAAGGAUCAGAUUAGUUUAAUGAAGGCUGAACAGAUGAAAAGACAGGAAAAGGAAAGGUUGGAGAGAAUAAAUAGGGCCAGGGAGCAAGGAUGGAGAAACGUGCUAAGUGCUGGUGGAAGUGGUGAAGUAAAGGCUCCCUUUUUUGGCAGUGGAGGGGCUGUGGCUCCAUCACCUUUUUCUUCUAGAGGACAGUAUGAACAUUAUCAUGCUAUUUUUGAUCAAAUGCAACAGCAAAGAGCAGAAGAUAAUCAAACUAAAUGGAAAGGAGAAAUAUAUGGCCGAAGACAUCCAGAAAGGCAAAAAGGGCAACUAGCUGUGGAAAGAGCUAAACAAGUGGAAGAGUUCCUACAGCGAAAACGGGAAGCACGGCAAAAUAAAGCUCGAGCCGAAGGGCAUAUGGGAAUCCUGCAAAACCUGGCAGCUAUGUAUGGAGGCAGGUCCAGCUCUUCAAGAGGAGGGAAGCCAAGAAACAAAGAGGAAGAGGUUUAUCUGGCAAGACUGAGACAAAUAAGACUGCAGAAUUUCAAUGAGCGUCAGCAGAUUAGAGCCAAACUUCGUGGUGAAAAGAAAGAAGCUGAUUGUUCUGAAGGACAAGAAGGAAGUGAGGAGGCUGACGUGAGGCGUAAAAAAGUUGAAGCACUUAAGGCCCAAGCAAGUGCACGUGCUGCUGUACUAAAAGAACAAUUAGAACGAAAGAGAAAGGAAGCAUAUGAGAGAGAAAAGAAAGUAUGGGAAGAGCAUUUGGUGGCUAAAGGAGUUAAAAGUUCUGAUAUGUCUCCGCCACUGGGACAACCUGAAGCAGGUGGCUCUCCAUCAAAGCAACAGAUGAAAUCUGUUAUUUCUGUGACUUCAGCUUUGAAAGAAGUGGGUAUGGACAGUAGUUUAACUGAUACCCAGGAAACCUCAGAAGACAUGCAGAAGACUAACAAUGCUAUUUCAAGUAAGCGAGAAAUACUCCGUAGAUUAAAUCAAAAUCUUAAAGCUCAAGAAGAUGAAAAAGGAAAGCAAUGUCACUCUGAUACAUGUGAAGUGGUCGUUAGUGAAGAUGCCAAAGAGCCCGAAAAGGAAAAAUCGGUUUCAUCUGAUCGCAAGAAAUGGGAGGCGGGAGGGCAACUUGUGAUUCCCCUGGAUGAGUUAACAUUGGACACAUCCUUCUCUGCAACUGAAAAACAUACAGUGGGAGAGGUUAUCAAAUUAGAUCCUGGUGGGUCUCCAAGAAAAGUCUGGGGGAGAAGCCCUACAGAUUCAGUUCUGAAGAUACUUGGAGAAGCUGAACUACAGCUUCAGACAGGACUACUAGAAAACACAAGCGUUAGACGUGAGAUUUCUCCUGAAAGGGAGAAGUACAAACCUUUAAUUACUGGAGAAGAAAAAGUAAAAUAUAUUUCACUUGAAAUGAAUCCAUCAGCUACUGUUGAUUCUUCUGUUGAAACAAACAGUCCAGAGUUUAAUGAGGCAUCUCCACAGACGUCACUGAAACCAGAAGGAAAUGUGGAUGGUAUUUUAAUAGAACCUGAUGGCUUGGAAACAGAAGUUCUACAAGAGCCAGAUGGAGCAAACAAAAAUGGUAGCUUGCCAUGCACGAUUAUUGAUGUAUGGAUUAGUGAGAUAAAAGAUACAAAGGAAACUGAGUUGGAAGAUAGGAUCAUUGUUCAGCAAGAUGAAGUUACUGAAGAUGGAAUCCCAAGGAAUGUGGACCACCUUAGUGAAGUUGAUAUAAGAACUGAAAUAGAUGAUUCUCAGCACUCCAAAUGUGAUGUAGAUAAAUCUGUGCAACCAGAACCAGUUUUCCAAAGAGUGGUUCUUUCAAAACACUUGAACGUAGUCUCUCAAAUUCAAUCAAUUAUGUGUUCACCAGAAGAAUCCUUUCCACUUCGAUCUCGCUCUGAUUCACCACCAAAAAAUAAAAACAAGAAUUCCUUGCUGAUUGGACUUUCAACUGGUCUAUUUGAUGCAAACAACCCAAAGAUGUUGAGGACAUGUUCACUUCCAGAUCUCUCAAAAUUGUUCAGAACACUGAUGGAUGUUCCCACUGUAGGAGAUGUAUGUCAAGACAAUCUUGAAAUAGAUGAAAUUGAAGAUGAGCAUAUUAAAGAAGGACCUUCUGAUUCUGAAGACAUUGUAUUUGAAGAAACUGACACAGAUUUACAGGAGCUUCAGGCCUCUAUGGAACAGUUACUUAGGGAACAACCUGGAGAAGAAUACAGUGAGGAGGAAGAAUCCAUCUUAAAAAACAGUGACAUAGAGCAGACUGCAAAUGGGACAGAUGUAGCAGAUGAGGAUGACAAUCCCAGCAGUGAAAGUGCCCUAAAUGAAGAAUGGCAUUCGGAUAACAGUGAUGGUGAGAUUACUAGUGAAUGUGAAUAUGAUAGCGUCUUUAAUCAUUUAGAGGAACUGAGACUUCACCUGGAGCAGGAAAUAGGCUUUGAAAAAUUCUUUGAGGUUUAUGAGAAGAUAAAGGCUAUUCAUGAAGAUGAAGAUGAAAAUAUUGAGAUUUGUUCAACAAUAGUUCAGAAUAUUUUAGGAAAUGAACAUGAACAUCUUUAUGCCAAGAUUCUUCAUUUAGUCAUGGCAGAUGGAGCCUAUCAAGAAGGCCUCCUUGGAGUUCCCUGUGCUUCUUGGACCUGGAUCUCUACUUCCUUCCCCAGGCAACCACUUUCUCAGCUUUCCAGUCCCCUUCCAAUUUCUGGCCAAACACAAAAUCUAGUAAGCUUCUUCUUCCUCUUUCAGCCCCUUCAGAAGCCCCUGGCUGAUAGACAGUCCCUGGGCCUGCUGUUGCUGCCACCGAGAAAAACUAUCAGGAGCUGGAGGCUUGCAAUAGAUUACUGCCAACUGAAUUCAGUUGUUGAUCCCAUAGCCCCAGCUGUUCCAAACAUUGUGACUGUAACUGAAUCCAUUGCACAGGCCAGUGGCACUUGGCACACAGUCUUGGACGUUGCUAGUGCCUUCUUUGCCAUACCACUGGCACCUCCGAAUCAAGAACAGUUCCCAUUCCCACUGCAGGGCCUCCAGUAUACAUUUGCAGUAUUCCUUCAGCAGUACCUAAAUUUCCCUGCCACUUGCCACUAG